CCGCAAGCCUCCGCUCCAGAACCUUCUCUUCCUGUUGUCCGUAUAAACAACACCAUGUUUGGCGGCGGCGCGGCCAAUGCAUACGACGAGAUUGUUGCGACAGCGACUGACGAAAACCUAACGACCGAAAACUGGGAGAUCAUCCUUAACCUUUGCGACAAAGUUACUGACGAAGGGCCAGCGGGUGCCCAUGACGUUAUCGCAGCGCUCCUCAAGCGACUGGCUCACCGAAACCCGAACGUCCAACUGUACUCGUUGUCGCUGGCGGAGGCACUUUCGAAAAACUGCUCCAUCGAAUUACACAGGGAGAUUGCCAGCAGAGCAUGGACUUCAGGACUCGAAAGGCUCAUCACAGACAGAACAACACACGAAAAAGCACGGACCCGUGCGCUGGGGCUUGUGGCUAUGUGGACCGAGGAUUUCGCCAACGACAGCACUCUAGGGAUUAUGCAGGAGUGCUACGACAGUUUAAAGGCCAAAAACUAUCGAUACACACCACCAGACGAGAACCCUCCUCCUGAAGUCGACGAUGCUGCUCGUAGACGGGAAGAAGAAGAGCUACAGCGAGUUUUAGAAAUGAGCAUGCAUGAUCGAGGAGGGCGCCAGGCUUAUUCAUACACCGCCAACGCUGGUUCAUCAAGUGGAGCUGGCUCAUCAAGUGCCGCCGCAUCUUCCAGUGUCCCCGCAGCUACAAGUAGCAGCAAUGCUUACACAAGCACGGGUGGUUACGUCCCGGCCACACGUAAUCGUACCCCAAGCCCUGUCCCCGCAGCCGAACUCUCACCAAACCCCAGCCAAAUUUCUUUCACAGAGGGUGGCAUUGUCACACGUGUCCGCGCCUUACACACAUUCACACCAACCGAACCCGGCGAGCUCGGGUUUGAAAAAGGCGACGUUAUCAAGGUUGUAGAUCGUGGUUACCGUGAUUGGUGGCGAGGACAGCUCAAAGGUCGGACUGGAAUUUUCCCCGUCAAUUAUGUGGAACCACUCCCCGAACCAACAGCGGAGGAGCUGGCCACAGAAGCAACCCAAGAAGCAGCUGUUUUUGCUCAAGCGAUGAAUGUAGAGCGGUUGCUUAACAUGCUCAGAGCGUUGGAUCCAGCGAAAGGCGACAAUUUGGCAGACGAUGAAGAGAUUCAGGAACUUUAUCGCUCGUGUAUGGCGUUGCGACCAAAAAUUGUCAAGCUUAUCGAUAAAUACAGUCAGAAACGAGCCGACUUGGUUUCUAUGAACGAAACUUUUGUUCGUGCUCGGACUAUUUUCGAUCGUAUGAUGGAGGAGAGUCUUGCGAGGCAUUCAGGAUACCCGCAACCGCAACCCGGCUAUGGUGGCCAGCCAUACUAUCCCAAUGCAGCUCCGGCAGCCGGAGGGUAUUAUGCUGGCCAACCGCAGCCGCAACAGGCUCAAGCAGCUUACGGGCCACAAGGACCGCAACCCUAUCCUCCUCAGCAGCCACAACAAGCGACUCCUCAGCCGCAGCAGGCAUAUGGCGCGCAACCAUAUCCGAACCAGCAACCUCAACAACCUCAACAAGGACCUUCGCCUUAUCCGGGAGCGGGACAGCCAACUUCGCCUUACCCUGUCCAGAACCAGCCUCCGGCCCAGCCAUUGCCAUAUCCUGGCCAACAACAACAACCACAAGCAUAUGGUGGGCAGCCGGCUGCUACUGGGUAUCCUGCUCAACAGCAAACCCAACAAACCCAAGCACAGCCGGUCCAAAUUCAGCCUCAGCCUCAACCUCAGGCCCAGCCGAUCCAGGCCCAGCCCCAACCUGUUCAAGCUCAGACUUCACCUGUUCAGACGCAGCCACAGCUCGUUCAGGCUCAAACAGCCCAAGCUCAACCAGUUCAACAAGUCGUUCCGGCACAAACUCAGCCCGAGCCACAACCUAUUCAGGCUCAGCCGCAGGUUCAAGCUCAACCCCAAACUCAGGCUCAACCAGAGCCUCAGCCCCAACCACAACAACAGCAGCAGCAAGCACCAACCGGCCCACCCUACAUAUUUGACCCAACCGCAACAUACGCAGACCCGAAUGUACAGGCGUGGAUGCAGUAUUAUGCUGCUGGUGGAAAGGACUUGGCGGGGAGCGUGUAUUUUGUUAGCGUUCCCGGGGUUACAGAUGGAGCUGCGGCGGGAGCAGCGUCUCCACCAGUUGGUCAGCAGCAGCAGCAGCAGCAGCAGCAACAACAACAAAUCCAGCAGCAGCAGCAACCGGUACAGCAAAUCCAACAGCAGCAGCAACCGGCACAACAAGUCCAGCAACAACAGCCCGUGCAACAAUACCAACAACAGCCGGUCCACGAACAAACCACACCGACAAGUCCGUUGGAUGACGACGACUAUUUACCAGACCCAUAUGCCAACUUGCCCCAGUCCGCAACGUAUACUCAGCCGCAAAGUGAGCUCGCGUAUGCUUUGGGUCCUCAACAGCAGUCGCAACAACAACAGGCAUAUACUGCUCCGCGGCAAGGAUACACGCUCACCGAUCCGGGCUCCGCCAGCGCGUCUGGGUCUAGCCACCAGCAGUCUAGUCCUGUCGCAGAAAGCGCCGCAGGUGGUACACCCUCUUGGGUCCUUCCGAAGCGGACACCAGGAAGUCCGGGGCUGAAUGGGCAGUUUGCGCAGAUGCAUGUGUAG